AUGUCAAACUGGAAGUGUGAUGGUGACAGAUGGAGUUACUUUGAAAUAUUGGAGGUUGUUAAAGAGACGAAGUAUCCAGAAGUUCAAGAAAUGUGGUAUGACUUUGCUGGAACAUUGAAGGCGCUGGAAGAUGAUUUUGGUGCAAUAGAAGCACUGAACUGGUCCAAGACUAAGAGAAAGGUUGACAUAUACAUAGUCCACCCUAUUGAACAACCUGAUUUAGUUGUUGCCCUACCUGAAACCCUAACUAUUAAGGUUUGUGAGGCCCAACCUAAGGAACAAAAUGUGGAGGAUUGUAGGGACCAACCUGAUGAACAAAAUAUGAAUGUGUGUGGGGACCAGCCUAUUGAAGAAAAUGUGGAUGUUUGUGUGGACCAUCAUGAGGAACAAAAUAUGAAUGUUUGUGUGGACCAACAUGAGGAAUGA